AUGAUGCUAAUAAUUAUAAAGACUAUUUAGAAUGAUGAAAAAUUUAUGACCCAGGCUUUAUUGAUGAUUCUAUGGAUGUUCUUUAUCAUUCAAAUCAAUAUUUAUAUGGAAUUUUAAUUAUAAUUCUGGAAUUAUGAGAUCAAUUCCUAUUUCAAAUUUAUACGAAAAUUAUCUAAAGGUAACAAUUUCAUAAUAGUCUUUUAUGAGAUUCCUUUAGGUUGUGGAAUUCAAUUCAAAUGUAACAAUACUUAUGUAGGAUCAAUAUUUAAAAAUAAUUCUGGUGUUUAAUUGCAUUAUUUAGGUGAAUUCUCUUAUAUUUCUUUAGGUCCUAAUAAUUCUUAUUAAAGUUCUAUCAAGUAAAUUAAUACUUAAGAAUAGUAUUUUCAAGACUUAUUAUUUGAGGCCAUUUAUUUUUUAUUGCCUUAAUAUUGA